AACAUGGCGGCUUCCUGUGGGUCAAAACGACGACAAGCUGAGGAAGUUUUUCAUUGUGUGAACUGACACUUUGGGCCGACGCUGCUUCCAGUAUGUGGACGAGCGCCAAGACAAUAAGAGCUUAUGUGGAAACGUUGAAGCGCUGUCAGCGUUGCUGUGUGGGGACAGUAUGGAGGGGCGACGCUGGCCGCGGGCAGAGACCGCUAUGUCGAGUCCUGUCAUCGGCAUCAAAACCCAAAUGGAGGCUCCUGUUUUUUGGCACUGAUCACUUCGCUGUGGAAUCUCUGAAACUUCUCACAUCCUGCAGGAGCACCAGUGAAGGGAUGGUGGAGACCCUUGAAGUUGUUACCUUGGCUGGUGAUGUUCCAGUGAAGAGGUUUGCUCAAGAGAACCACCUUCCACUACACAGUUGGCCCCCUGAUGAUGUGAAUGGACGGUUUGAUGUUGGCGUGGUCGUGUCUUUUGGCUGCCUACUUCCUGAGAGACUAAUCAGCAAGUUUCCAUAUGGGAUUUUGAAUGUUCACCCUAGCCUGCUGCCGAGAUGGCGAGGUCCAGCUCCUAUCUUCCACACCAUCUUGCAUGGUGACAGUGUGACAGGAGUCUCCAUCAUCCAGAUCCGACCUCACAGGUUUGAUGUGGGGCCUAUUCUCAACCAGCAACUCUAUCAGGUCCCUGAGAAUUGCACUGCUGAUGAGCUGGGAGGCACUCUAGCCACAAUGGGAGCACAUCUCCUGAUUAACACAUUGAUGUCACUGUCUGAGAGGAUGGAAAAUCAAAGGGAACAAGGACAAACUGGUGCAACAUUUGCCCCAAAAAUCAAGAUGUCCAUGAGCUGGAUUGUGUGGGAGGAACAGACUUGUGACCAAAUUGACCGUCUGUAUCGUGCAGUCGGGUCCCGGAUCCCUUUGAGGACUAUGUGGAUGAACAGAACAAUAAAACUUCUGGAUUUUGCUGGAAAAUGUCAUGUGUCAUUAUCAGAUCAAAGAAGGAACCCCAUCCCCGGUUCAGUGAGCUUUCAGAAGGAGUCGAAUACUCUCGCAGUCUGCUGCAAGGAUGGCUGGGUGGGAUUCAGAUCAGUGCUCCUGAAGAAAAGACUCACUGCAGCUGAUUUCUAUAACGGCUACCUGCAUCAGACACAGCAGAAGGAUACGCCGCGUGAGACGGCCGAAGGACAGUUUUUCAGUAAAAAAGGAGGAAUUGAAGUGCAUCAAAUGAGAAAAAACUCAAAGUUGUGACGCAACAAUAAUAUUCUCACUUAAAGUAAACACAACACCAUCUAAUGAAAUGUACUGUUUUUAAUGUGUUAUACUUUUAAGUCAUUUGCAUUCAUGCCACAGUUAUUUUUUGCUGUAUUUAUUCUAUUGCAAUAAAUGAUUGCAAUGUUGAUCAGCAGUU